AUGCGCCUGCUCGAGCUCACGCCAGGCGGCAAGUGUACUUUGACUCGUGACCUCGACCACAACAAAGUCCCGCCAUACGCUAUCCUUUCGCAUACGUGGAUCCACGGGCAAGAAGUGACGUACGAGGACCUCCGGCAGCGGCGACACCAAAACGCUGCAGGAUGGCGCAAGGUCGACUUCUGCUUGGCCCAGAUCCAGCGGGACGGGCUCCGGCACUGCUGGAUCGACAGCUGUUGUAUCAACAAAGCGCACCCGGAUGAGAAGCACGGCGCAUUCAAUGCCAUGUUUGCGUGGUAUCAGAGCGCACGCGUAUGCUACGUCUACCUUCACGACGUGCUGGCUCUCGACGACCUGGUCGGGAGCCGGUGGUGGACGCGGGGCUGGACGCUGCAGGAGCUUCUCGCGCCGUCGCGGGUCGUCUUCUUUUCCAGCGAGGGCGUACCGCUCGGAGAUAAGGAGUCACUGCAGCAUGUGAUACAUGCCAUCACGCGGAUUAGUAGGGAGGCCCUGCUCGGAACGCUACCACUCGCGCAUUUCACCAUUGAGGAGAAGCUCUCAUGGAUGAAAGGUCGACAGACGACAUACGAGGAGGACUGGGCGUACUGCCUGCAGGGGAUCCUUGGUUUCGAGAUGUCGCGCCGGUACGGCGAAGGCCGCUUGAGGGCAAUCGAGAGGCUUAAGAAGGAA